AUGCUGCAGCGCGCGGCGAGCAACGCCUACUCCUGGUGGUGGGCGUCCCACAUCCGCACCAGCCAGUCAAAAUGGCUCGACGCCACCCUCCACGAGAUGGAGGACAGGGUGAAGCUGAUGAUCAAGCUGAUCGGCGCGGACGCCGACUCCUUCGGCAAGAAGGCGGAGCUCUACUUCCGGAGCCGGCCGGAGCUCAUCAGCAACGUGGAGGAGAUGUUCAAGUCCUACCAGGCGCUGGCCGACCGCUACGACAGGAUCUCCAGCGAGCUGCACAAGGCCAACCACACCAUCGCCACCGUGUUCCCGGACCACGUCCAGUUCGCCAUGCAGGAGGGCGACGCCGAGGGGAUGCCCAAGGCCAUCACCAGCAUCGACCUCAUCAACUACAAGUUCCCCGCGCUGGAAGGCCUGCCCAUGGGCUCGCGGGUCACCAGCCGGGGGUCCAGCCCCGUGCCCAAGAGGACCCAGACGCACCGGAGGGUUGCCUCGCACAUGAACAAGGACAGGGCGAUGGAAGAGAUCGACAAGCUGCAGAAGCAGAUCCUGGUGCUGCAGACCGAGAAGGAGUUCCUGAAGACCUCUUAUGACAGCGCGCUUGGCAAGUAUCUAGACAUUGAGAGGCACGUGGCUGAGUUGCAGGAUGAAGUCUGCUCCUUGCAAGAUACUUUCAGCACUGGCUCAGACAUUGAGGACAACGAAGCCCGGGCACUGAUGGCUGCGCGGGCCAUCUUGUCUUGCGAGCAUACGUUGGUUAACUUGCAGCACCAGCAGAAGAGAUCAUCCGAAGAAGCCAAGACUGAAUUUCAGAGAUUCAAUGAGGCAAAGGAGAAACUGAAAACCUUUAAGGACGAGUGCGGGCAGCCUCAGACGCAAAAGGACGGGCCUGAUUACCUUGACACAGGACUUACCCAAGUACUGUCACCUGUGGAGGGUCAUGAUUCUGUUCAGAGUGAGGUUAAGCUUGACCUGCAGGAAAUAUGUCAAAAAGUUAAAAAAGUAAUCGAGUUGCACCCAGAGGCAUCAGUUGCAGAAAUAGCGGAAAAGGUUGAUCGACUUGUGGAGAAAGUAGUCAACCUGGAGCUUGCCACUACUUCGCAGAAUGCUCAGAUUGAUAGAAUGAAGUCUGAAAUAGAUGACUUCCACAAGCGCUUGCGUGCUUUGGAGGAAGAAAAGGCUGCUCUGGUUGCUGAUUCCAGUAAGUUAGCUGACAGAUUGAAGAAAGUUGAAGGGGUGCUGCAAAUUGUCCAACAAAUUGGUAGGUCCAUACAAAAUGGUUCAGCAAAUAUUUCCAAAGAACUGACUGAAGCCUGCAGCGAACUUGCUGAGUUCGUCGAAACAUUGCAUUCUCCCAAGCAUGCCGGGGAUUCAUCCGAAAAGGGCUUGGAGGGCCCCGUGGUUCAGGAACGACUUGUUUCAACUGGAUCUGAAGGUGAGGAUAAUAUUUUAUCAGAAGAUUAUGCAUCUGUCCUGCAGAGCUACAAAGAUACAGAGCAACAACUUUCAGAAAUCGAAAAGAAAAAUCAGAAGUAUCAUGUUGAGGCCAUGUCAGAGCUGAAUGAACUGAGGAGCGCCAAUACAACGAAAGAUGAGGAGAUUCACUCUCUUCGGCGCAUGCUAAGUUCUUUGCAGAGAAAGGUGAAUGCUCCUGUUCUUGAGGGCGUGUCUGAUGAAACAUCUAAAAUAAGCACCACGCCCACAACUGAAGACAAGGAUAUUGCUGAGAUAGAUGACUACAUUAAGCAAUGCCAAGUUGAAGAACCACCUGCGUAUGCAGUUGGGGAGGAAAAGUUUAGAGCAGAGAUCGACAAGGUGUUGGAGCAGAACAUGGACUUCUGGUUGAGGUUUAGCACAUCGUACCAUCAAAUACGGCAUUUCCAAACCGCAUUUGACAGGCUAAAAGCUGAGAUGGUUAAAUUGACCGAUGCACAUGAACAGGGGGGUGCAGAUGGAAUUCCUACUAAUCAUCAGGUAGCGAAGCUGGAGUCAGCCGUUUUAGAAAAGAAAUUUCGGGAUUUGAAUACAGAUCUUCAAGUUUGGAUGGAAAAGAAUGUACUAUUAAAAGGAGAGGUGGAGAACAGGUUCUCUUCACUGUGUAGCAUACAAGAGGAUAUAUCGAAGAUCACAAUUCUGGAUAAAAGUGAUGAUGAGCACUUCACGCUUAUCCAAGCUGCAAAAUUCCAAGGAGAGGUGCUUAAUAUGAAACAAGAGAAUAACAAAAUUGCUAAAGAGCUAGAAGCUGGGCUCGACCAUGUAAGAGGUCUCCAAGUGGAGGUUGGGAGGGUGCUUCUGAACCUCCGGGAGAAUCUUGAGCUAUCUAUAGCAAGAAGCAACCGAGCUCAACAGAACUUCCGCGCCUUGUCAACAAAAGCUGGGGUUCCCCUUAGAACUUUCCUGUUUGGCACGAAGCCAAAGAAACCAUCACUCUUUUCAUGCAUGGGUCCUGGGAUGCAUAAGCAGUAUGGUAGCUCGAAGCCUGGUCGUAGAUGAGAAUGAUUGGAUUAUCAGCUAUCCGUUUCUUUUAGCUGUUAGUUGACUUGUGCUAUGUAUGUU